AUGUUGUUACUGAUUGUAGUAGUUUAUGUAUUCAAUGUAUAUUUUAUUGCCAGUAGUUCAGUUAACAAUGUUACCGUCGCACUCUUACAAAUGUUAUCCGAUAACGAUACAAAAGAGAAUAUUCUUAUUGCUGAUAGAUAUUGCCGUCAGGCAGCAUCACUAAAUGCUGAUAUUGCUCUAAUGCCUGAAAUGUGGAAUAGUGGUUAUUCAGCUCCAUUUCCUAGUUAUAAUGCAUCAAAUAAGCAGCCAGUUCGAGACUGA